AUGAAGGAUUGUAAUCUUGUGAAUACACCAUCUGAGUUUGGUUCGAAGCUAAACAAGGAUGAUGGAAGAAAGAAGGUUAACAAUACUCUUUACAAGCAGAUUGUGGGGAGCUUAAUGUAUUUAACUGCAACAAGGCCUGAUAUAAUGCAUGUUGUAAGUGUCAUUAGUAGAUACAUGGAGUGUCCAACAGAGAUUCAUCUUUUGGCUGCAAAAAGGAUUCCUAGGUACUUGCAAGGUACUAAGGAGUUUGGGCUAUUCUUCAAAAAGGGAGAAAAGUCAGAUUUGCUUGGCUUUACAGAUAGUGAUUAUGCAGGAGAUUCUGAUGAUCGAAAAAGCACAUUUGGGUCUGUUUCAUGGUCAUCAAAGAAGCAGCCAAUCAUCACAUUGUCAACCACUGAAGCUAAAUUUGUUGUAGCAACAGCUUGUGCUUGUCAAGGUAUUUGGCUGAAGAAGAUUCUUGAAGAGCUACUGUUCAAAGAAGAUGGACCUACUCUUAUUUACUAUGACAAUAGUUCAGCAAUAAAGCUCUCAAAGAAUCUUGUUCUACAUGGUCGAAGCAAGCAUAUAGAUGUGAAGUAUCAUUUCUUGAGGGAUCUCACGAAUGAUGGAGUUGUUAAUCUGGUUUACUGCAGAAGUGAAGAUCAAAUUGCUGAUAUUCUAACAAAGCCUCUCAAAUUUCCAGCAUUUCAGAAGCUCAGGGAACUACUUGGUGUUUGCAGUUCAAAAGACUUUAUCUGA